CCGCGUGAUACUGGCGUGUCGUGACAUGCAGCGAGGGAAUCGAGCAGCCUCCGAUAUCACCCAGCAGACGGGCAACACUAACGUCGUGGUGCGUAAGCUCGAUCUCUCCUCGUUCGACUCCGUGAGGCAGUUCGCCGAGGGCGUGUUAGACACAGAGCCGAGAAUACACAUACUCGUCAACAACGCAGCGUGGGUGGGACAGUUCGCGCAGACUGACGAGGGCAUCGAGAUGCAGUGGCAGGUGAAUCACCUAAGCCACUUCUUGCUCACCAAUCUGCUGCUGGAGCGCAUGAAGGCUUCCUCUCCCAGCCGCAUCGUCAACGUGUCGUCACGUGCGCAUGCGUGGGCAAAGUCGUUAGAUAUGGAGGCGAUCAGGACUGAGACGGCUGCGACUCACAACAAGUACAUUGCCUACGCCAGAAGCAAACUUGCUAAUGUGCUGUUCACCCGGGAACUUUCAAGGAGACUCAAAGGCACGGGAGUGACGGUGAACGCACUGCACCCUGGUGGCGUGCAAACUGAGCUGGGACGCCGGAUGCCGAAGCUGAUGCGAUUCAUCAUGAUCGUCCUUCUCUUCCCGAUACUGCUGCUAUUUGUAAAGACUUCCCGCCAGGGGGCUCAGACGUCCAUAUACCUGGCCGUGUCUGAGGAGGUGGACGGAGUGACCGGUCACUACUUCAGUGACUGUGCUGUGAAGGACGCAUCGGCUAUGGCCAGAGAUGACGAUCUAGCUCGCAGGCUAUGGGAACACAGCGCCAGCAUGACUGCCUUGUAGGCGAUGUCCCCUGCUGCAAUCGUUUGGGGCAGCCAUGCCCCCAGCAAAUACACGGCUGUGCCUGACUCUGACAUGCCGACCAAGCUAGUUUUAAAUCAUGUCAACAGAAACGUAAUACUGCAAACCAAGGCUACAGUGCCACCGGUGACAGCAAUUCAUCUAAUCAAUGCUAUACUAUGCGAUUUCAGGGGGCGCGUUGAUUUGUGUUCCCAGUUUCCAGUAUCUGCUGCUUAUGUUACUCAUACUCAUAGCUUACGGUGUUUGCCUACCUGUGAGGAGAGUGGUGUUCAUGCCAUAUUGCACACGACAUAAGUGGACUAGCGAACCACUAUAGCUGUUGCUUUUUCUAAGUCGAGUUCGGAUCUUAAUGAACUCAUGGAAUAUUUGUGCAAGAGACUACUAGGGGCCAUUGCAUUUUGAAAAAAAAACGUAAGAAAUAUAUCUAUUAAAGCUUGAGGCAGGGUUAAAAAGUGCCCGCCUCUCCUCCGCUUACAGCUUGUCGGCAAUAAUAGGUGAAAGAGAGUAGAGAAACAUUAAGACUUUGGUAGUAAAUAGAUUUCGUAUUUAUUUAG